AUGAGUUUAAAUUUUAGUAUAGCUAAUGUAGUAUACGUAAAAAAUCUUUCAACAGACGUAACAGAAAAAGAUAUAAAGGAAAAGUUUGAAUCAUGCGAUGAAAUAAUUAGCGUUACUUUUAAGAACUUCCCUGGGAUAAAUCAAAAAUACUGCCAGAUAGAAUUUAAAAGUUCAGAAGGUAUAACAAAAGCAUCAAGAUUAAAUGGAGAGCAUUUGCUGAAUGUCCCCAUGGUUGUAACAGUCAUCGAGCCUGUUAUACAUAGUCAGAGUGUUACCGAUAAUUUUAAUAUUAAUGAAACUGAAAAAAAUGUAAACAAUCCCUUAGAUUUAAGAAGUAGUAACUCUACUAAUAACAAUGUUCAGAAUAAUAUACAAUAUCAGAAUUUACAGAACAUUCUGCUGCAUAAGCAACUAAUUUCUGAGCAGAAUAAAGGAUUAGUUGACUUUCAAAAUUCGUUAAAUGAGCAGAAUAAUAAGUUCGAUGUGUUUUCGAAGAUUAUAUAUAUAGAAAACUUACCGCACAACUACAGCGAGGAAGACGUCAAAAGUCUUUUCAAAAAUGUGGGAAAUACUACCAGUUACAAACUUCAGUACAACGAGCAGAAAAAAGUAAAUGCUGCAUUCGUUGAAUUUAUGAACGAAGAACAAGCAAAAGCCGCAUUAAAUUUAAAUGGAAUAAAAGUAGGAAAAAACGUGAUAUCAAUAAGAGAUGCAUAUAGCUUAAUAAAUGAAAAAGAUAUUAUAAAAAACAAUUUUUCAUUUUAUAGUAAUAGUACUAGUAGUAGUAAUAAUAAUACGAAAGGAGAAAAUAAGAAUGAUCAUCUGACAGUAAUAAAUAAAAACCCAGUUGUUAAUGAAAAAGUAGAGAAGGUCCUAGCACUAAAAGAAAAAUUAACUCUGAAAUUAUGUGCCAUGUACAAUCCGAAUUUGCUUUUAGUAAAUAACCUAGUCCAGGCCAAUCAGCUCUUGCUAAGUACGACAGAUAGGGGUGAAAAUAAUGCCAGCAGUAAUACUAAUAACAUUAACAACAUUAGUAAUUAUAUCAAGAGCGAUGUGAAUAAUAACAAUAGUCUGAAUAAUAAUAAUGAAAAACAUGAAGGCAAAAAAAAAAUAGUUGAAUGCAAAAAGGUCCUAACAAACAGUUAUGAGGAGUGUGUCAGAAGUGGGAAAACGGAUGUACAGAAAAAAAAUCAUAAUCAUGAUGGAAGGGACAAUCAUGAUAGCAAUGAUUAUCAUAGUGAUAGUAACUCUAAUGAUGACAAUAAGGAAGGAAUUGAAAAAAAGAAAGGAAAAGAAAAAGGUUGUAGCAAAUAUAGCAAUAUCUCCCGUUCUACUGAAAGAAGGAGUUAUUCUCGUAAUUGCAAAAAUAAGUUAUCGGUUAGCCGUGACGAAUCUUGUUCUCCUAGCGCUAGGAGCAGAUGUAGAAGCCGCACUAGAGGAAGAAGCCGAAAGAGAGAAAGAAGCCGAAAGAGAGAAAGAAGCAACUACAGAAGCAGAAGUAACUGUAGAAGCGAAAGCGACUAUAAUGACAGACGGCACAGCAAAACGUCUUCAAGAAGGAAACAUAUAUAUAAUAAACAUAAAAGCAGAAAAAGAAAAAAGCAUAACAACAGCCGUUCUAUAAGUCCCAACUAUUCUAGAAGCAACUCUAGAAGUUCAUCAGAAACAGAAAGAAAUAAUAGGUAUUAUUAUAAUAAAGAAAAAAAAAAAAUUAAAAUUAGAAAAAAUUAUUAUAGUUCUUCUCCCAGUUAUAGCAAAUCUUCUAAUUCAUCAAGAAGAAGAAGACAUAGAGAAUCUAGUAGUCACAAACCAUGGUGGGUAAAAGAAUCUGAAAAGAUGCAAAUGAGGCGAAGAUUGAAGGAAAAACAGAUGCGUGAAAUGGCAUAUAGGGAUAGAUAUAGAAGGUAA